AUGGGCGGGUUUCACUGCUUGAUCUGUCGGAAGAACGUGAAGGCGAGCUAUUUGUCGGUACAGCAAUCCGGCCGCCACUAUCACCAAAUUGUGACCGAGUUAGAAGAAAAUGGGCUGGCGCUACCCGCAGAUGCUUGGCUCAAGUCUCUACCAAAGAUUUGCGCCAUCCACGCUCCUAAAUGCCAACAAAAAGUUGCUGAGGAGAAGAUGAAGCGCGUUGAUCCCAUCAAUCUAGCAGUAGCGCAGGAAAUCACAAUACAUCCUGAACAGGUUGAAACACAUUCACCUGGAAAUAUUGACGUGGUGGAGCUGAUGGAUGCCGAAGACGGGGCGGAAGGUGCAGAAUUAGACAAUGACGCCGAAGAAUGGGAUGGUCCGGUUACACCGGAUUUGGACGGCACUCCGACCGGCCGGCCUUCUGCGAAGAAGCGGCGCAGGAAGUUUGCUGGAAUCGGCAGCAUAUUCCUGGUGACGUUCGAGCAAAUCGACAUCCUUCUACGGCGGUGUCGAUGUGGAAAAAAUAGAAGAGUCGAUUUCUCGUGUGUUGGUGCAACUUUGCGUGCCAACAUGGCUUGUCGUCAUUGUGGCCGCAAAGAAAAAUGGAGCAACGGGCACGGCUUCACCGACCACCCGAAAGAGAAAGCUCAAAACCUGGAUUGGGUUGUGCCGGCCUCAAUGUAUCUGAGCGGUGUACCAUAUCAAAGAUUGUUGGAUGCCGCUGACUCCAUCCAUCUUCACUUGCCGUCUCACAGGACCUAUAAUAGAGUCUUGAACGAGGUCUUGCUCGGCGCCGUUGAUAAUGUGCUAGCAGAAGUGCAAGUAAAAGCAAAAGAGCUGAUCAUCGCCGCUUCCGGACAGAACGGGCUACGCAUCGCGACAGAUGCGUCGUACGAUAGCAUGGGCUAUUGUGCCAUGCUUUGUCGACUGCCGAUCCUAUGCUUGCGGACGGGCCUGAUCAUCUCCGUGAUCCAGAAGGAGCGCUAUAGGGACGGCAAAGGAAAUAGUGGCGCAAUGGAACUGCUGGCGACAAAGGACGCAAUACAACUGGCACCUAAGCUGAUCGGCAUUCCGAUCCACAGCCUGACCACCGAUAGGUCGUCCCCGAUAAAGAAGCACAUGGCCGAAAAUCAUGGACCGGGAUCGGCACAGCCUAUAAUCCACAUGUUCGACAAUUGGCACAUAACCAAAGAACUGAAUAAGAAACUACGAGUGGCCGCCAAGUUGAAGCGAAAUGGAUACCUAGAACUGUGGCGGCACUCCGUCGUCUCGUACACGUGGAGCAUCGUAUUUGGUUCGGGCGGCGAUCCAGAGCUCGUCGAGGAAAAGCUCCUUUCCAUUCUACAGCACGUCUGCGGCAUUCACAAUUUCAAAGGAAAUCCCAACUUCAAAAAAUUCACCGCGUGCGAACAUGGACCGGAUAUCGACCAUCGUCCACCACUCGACCCGAAUUCUCCAGCCUACGAAUUCCUAAAAAGUGUAUUCACCCGCGAGUUGAUACAGGCAUAUCAACAAGCCGACUAUUUGGGAAGCACCGCCGCUAUUGAAAGCUUCAACAAUGCCUUGCUGAGGCAUUGCUCGAAACGGAUCUGGCUGGCACCGGAGCAGCAUCAAGCACGGCUGAAGUUAGCUACUCUAGAAUGGAAUUCGCGUAAAUUCCUCGAAUUGGAAGGCGUGCGUUGGGUUUACAGCAAACGGCGCCAGCAGCGGAAAUAUCAAGAGCGGCCUGCCUGGAAAAAGAAUUGGGCGACCGACAAAGCGCGAGAGAAUCAGUGGCGAGCAGAUGCUAUCUGGGAAGCGAAAGAACUCCGAUACGCAUACCUUGAUUCCAAGGAGGAAAUUGGAACGCCUUGCGGAGAUUUCUGGACCGAGGACGUGGGCGACUUUGAUCACGUUAUUGACAUCAACCGCAUGUUGGCCAACGAAGACGAGGUUCAACUGCAAUUUGAUCAGGAGGACAACGAGACCGAA